AUGGACGAAUUUGAGCAAUACCUCGAGAAGGCGACUGCCAAAGGCUCGGACAUUGUGCCCGGAGCGGUGAUGGCUGUCGUCGAUAAGGAUGGCAAAUUCAUCUACAAGAAGACCGCAGGUCACAAUGGCGUCACUGAAGAUGCGGAGCCUAUGGACUUCGAUCGAACCUUCUUCAUUGCAUCCUGCACAAAGCUCAUCACCGCUAUUGCUGCCCUGCAGUGCGUUCAACACGGUUUAGUCACGCUAGAUGAACCAGUCGAUCAGUACCUACCAGAGCUGGCUUCCCAGCCCAUCGUUCAGAUGGACGGCUCCGAGAUCAAAGUGCGUCCAGCCACGAAGUCCAUUACGCUGCGUCAACUUAUCACGCAUUCCAGUGGCACGACGUACGACUGGGCUUCUCCAAGUCUUUACGCGUGGCGAGCCUUACGCGGCGAACUACCCGCUCUGAUCACCGAUGGCAACGUGGCUAAGAAGUAUGCCUAUCCACGAACCUUCGAAGCUGGAGAAGGCUGGGAAUACAGCGGUGGUUUCGAUUGGACCAUUGAAGCAAAGCUGAUGCGCACGAGCACUCGGCAAGACGACGGCAGUCUCACAGAUGGCCCAACACCCUUUUGGUCUGGCGACCCUGUCGGAGAAGGUGGUGGAGCGGGCUUGUAUGCCAAUGUGCACGACUACACGCGCGUGCUUGCGGAUCUUCUCAAACCCACGCCUACCAUACUCUUCAAAGCCAUGGUCGACGCCAUGUUCAGCCCGCAGUUCGCCGAAGACAGUCUCGCGGCCAAGGCACUCGUCGAUAACGCCGAACUCGCUUAUACCUGCACGUUGGACGCCAGUAUGGAAGGCGUCAAACCGAACUUCGGACUUGGUAGCCUGUUUUUGAUGGAAGAUGUGGACCGAGAGAACUACUUCAAGCCGAAGGGUACGCUGUGCUGGUCAGGACUUCCGAAUUUACAGUGGAGUGUCAAUCGGGAGAGGGGAAUCGCGCUUUUCUUUGCCACGCAGGUGUCACCUUGGGCGGAUCGCAAGACGUUCGAUCUUGUCGCAAGAUUUGAGACGGCUGUUUGGCGAAACCUGAUGGCGUAG